GCCUUUGAUGUCAACACUCAGGAUGCCAGGCUAGGGGGAACCUAUCUCAAAAAAAAAAUCACUUACAUUCCAAAAGAAGAUGUCAAACUUGAGUCUCCUGUCUCCUCUGAACAUCACUUGUGGAGAACAGGGAGGAGUUUCGGGGACCAGAGUGUCCCACCUUCUCCCCUGGCUAUCUCAGUAGCAUGGCAGCUGAGAGGACCAGCUGCAGGUCUAAAGCCCAUCUCUCUCUUUCUACAGAUGGUGGAACUAAAUUCCAGAGAGAGGCUGAAAUGCUGCGGAUCCCACGCCCAUCCCACUCAUUUCCCAGUCAGCCAGAGCUGUGUGGUCCAGGUGGCAAGAGGAGGAAAGAGAUGAAUUGGGCAAACCACACAGCUGUGACAGAGUAUAUCCUACUGGGCCUCCAGGAGCACCAUAGCCUAGAGAUAGUCCUGUUUGUGCUCUGUCUGGGCAUCUACUGCACCACUCUGCUGGGAAACUCCCUCCUCGUGGGGCUGAUCGUGCUGGACCCCCGCCUGCACACCCCCAUGUACUUCUUCCUCAGCCACCUCUCUCUCAUAGACAUCUGCGGCACCACUUCCUUCAUACCUCUGAUGCUAAUCAACUUCCUGGAUGUCCAGAGGACCAUCUCCUUCCCUGGCUGUGCCUUGCAGAUGUACAUAACCCUGGCACUGGGUGCUACGGAGUGCCUGCUUCUGGCUGUGAUGGCUUACGACCGGUAUGUGGCUAUCUGCCAGCCCCUUCGGUACUCGGAGCUCAUGAAUGGGCCGCUGUGCGUACGGAUGGCGGUAGUAAGCUGGGGGACAGGCUUCGCCAACUCGCUGCUCCAUUCCAUCCUUGUGUGGCGCCUCCCCUUCUGUGGCCACAAUGUCAUCAACCAUUUCUUCUGUGAGAUCUUGGCAGUGCUGAAGCUGGCCUGUGGGGACAUCUCUCUCAAUGCACUGAUAUUAAUGGUGGCCACAGCUGUCCUGACAAUGACCCCGCUGUUGCUCAUAUGCCUCUCUUACAUGUUCAUCCUGGCCGCCAUCUUUAGGGUACCCUCUACUGCAGGCCGGGCCAAGGCCUUCUCCACCUGCUCUGCCCACCUCACAGUGGUGGUGAUUUUCUAUGGAACCAUAUCCUUCAUGUACCUCAAACCCAAAGCCAAAGACCCCAGCGUGGAUAAGAUCAUCACACUCUUCUACGGGAUUGUGACACCCUCACUAAACCCCUUCAUCUAUAGUCUGAGGAACAUGGAAGUGAGAGCUGCUGUCACAGCCCUGCUGGGGGGCGGUCUACUAGCCAGGAAAAUGUCCCACUUUUAACUCCUAUCCUGUCAGUCAGCAGAGAGUAAGCUCUGUUGGGGAGAUGGCUUUAAUCUUUCAGUAAGGUUUGUUUUUCACGUAUGGUUCAGGUCUACUAGAGCUUGGCUAGGGUGCUAUUCGG